AUGAUGUUAAUGCCGGAUGCCUUGAAUUCUCUUUGGGUGGCGGGCACUGCGCGGAGCCUGUGUCUUUAUAAUCAUAUCGACUAUUACUAUAAUACUUUUGCAUGUGACGCUUAUAUUUAUGAUUUUAAAAGUAAUACAAUGUGUAUCCAUAUAAAUAGAAGCAAAUCAGGCCAAGCUAGUAAGACAUCAAAGGCGAGGGAACAAACCCCAAUCAAGAGCACAACACAGAUCUCGAGAACACCACAAGGUUUUGUCAGAAGUACAACUCCAGUGGCUCAUUCAGACGAUAUAGCACCUGCGAAGGCAGAGAGAACGCAGAUUUCUACUAAAUUGGUCGAGAAAUCUUUAAAGAUUGACAGGACCCAAGUGAACAAGCACCGUCCUAAACUCCUACCUUAUCCGGAGAUUAACGAACCGACCCCGAGUGCACAAAAACUUCGCCUUGAAGAGCUAGAAAGGGAGAAAAAACAAAAAAUAGCUGCGGGUUUUUAUCAAGAACGAUCAGAUGAAGACGACACCCUAGAAAAAGUGGAAAGCUUGAAAUUUGAGAAUACUGAAUCUGUAAAAAUGAUGUCGAGAAAAGUUGCAACAAUAGAAUCACGCGAAAAACUCCAUUUCAACCAUCCAAGCGCUUUUAAGCAAUCAUUGUUGGAAGAUACUCAAAGAUGA